AUGGAAGUGUCCUGUGGCCUCAAGAAGCCUCAAAGGAGUUCCGGGAUAUCUUUCGUUCAUCCAUCCAUCAUCAAGGACUCCACUAAUGAGAAGAAAGUCCUAUGUGUGUACAAAAAAAAGGCCCAAAAUGCAUACAACCAGUGGUUGCAUGGCAUCCGGCAUGAAAAAGACAAAAAGGUCGAGGAAGUUCUCAACCCGGAGGUCUUUGCUGAAUGGAGAAGGGUUUGGAGCUCUAAUGAUGCCAAAAAGAAAUUGGAGAUUGCAAAGAAAAAUAGGCGGCGGGGUCUUCCAGAUAUUACACCUGAGGCUACGCAUACAGGAGGGUCUCGGUCGUUUUAUGAGAUGGCCAAGAAGAUGGGAUUGAAUAUAACUGAAAUGUAUGCUUGGGCCCAUACGAAGAAACACAACCGGAUUGAAUAUGUAAAUCCGAAAGCAUCUAAGAUUGCUGAGGAUUUGGAUGCCAUUGUGGGGGUCCUGACACAGCAAGGCACUACCAGGGUUGAUAUCUGCAGGGUGUUUCUAAAAUUGGUUCCAUGGGAUAAAAAAAAUCGGAUAUUCAGGCUCGGGUCUUUAGCGAGUACAGUGCCCUUUAAUCGAUCGUCUUUCAUGAGCUAUGCUUAUUCUUCGGCCACUGUAGACAUUGAUCAGCGCCUCCAACAAAUGGAAACUAAAUUCAAUGAUCGACUUCAGAAUAUUGAUGAUUAUGUUCACCAUAUGGAUGAUCGGGUGGAGAGUAUUGAACAAAUCCACCAAACCAUCGUCAAUCAAAACCUCAGCAUUAUGGAGGAGCUCCGUAGGUUACGAGCAGACUUCAACCGCCGUGGCCCUAACGGUGAUGCAGGUGCUCCUAUCGCAUGAUGAUGUUGUGGCUGCUUGUGAGAUUCUCAACUGUAAUGUUGUGGAGGUGCAGUGCCAGGGGUUGGUUCCCUCGAUUUCAGUGGACAACACCUCAGGUUGCCAGAUGUACUGGUACCUGCAUCAGAAUCAGAUGGCAAAUAGGCGUUGCUCUUAUCGGUGAUGGAUGCAUUAGGUAUAUUGAUGUUUAUAUUUUGUUUUGGGUGACAUUAAAUACUCUUAUUGGUUAUGGAUGCAUUAGAUAUAUUGAAUUUUAUAUUUUUUUGGG